CUUCUCUCCCUUCCCAGUUCCCAGUCCCGGUUCGAGGCAAAGCUUGUGCAAGUUUCUCUUUUCGCCGGGAACAGACGCGAAGAACUCGCUUCAUCUCCGAGGCCAAAGCUCUUUCCAUUCCCGGGUAUGUGCUCAACCAGCUUCUCUAACGUGUAAAACAUGAGCCGCGAUUCUCGCGUCCUGUCCGCGCCUAGCGAGGAUGCCGACGGAAUCCGACACAGCACCGUCCCCGAGCUCGUUGCUUCAUUGAGAUCCUCGUUUAGGCCUCUCGAGGAUCUUCACAAGUUCCUAGCAGCGAUAGAGGAGAAAUGGGGGCUAGAAGCUGGAACGGCGGAAGCUCUGAGGAAGGAGAAUGGGGGUUUGAGCGCCAAGUUGGUGGCUCUGACGGAGGGUAACGAGCGUUUGAGCGUCGAGAACGAGGGUUUGAGCGCCAAGUUGGUGGCUCUGGGAGAGGAGAACGAGCGUUUGAGGGUGCGGGUUGCGAGUCUCGAGAGCGAGCACGAGGCGAGGGAGGGAAGAGCUGAGGAGGUGGACUCGCUUAUGAGGGAGAAUGUCGAACUGAAGAGGAAGAACGACGUAUUAAAGAGUAAAGUUGAAGGGAAGUAUGUGGAAUUGGAUUUGCGGGUUUUGGAAUUAGAGUUGGACAUGGCGUUCCUGAGGAGCAAGGAGCUGCUGCUGCCGGAUGGAGCAGGGGAAAUGGAUGUUCCUAGUGAGGCCAAUGGCUUCGACAAAGACGAUGAGGAUGGCAGGAACGGAAAUGGUUCUCAGGCGGGUGGUGGUGUCUCGUCCUCACAAAAAGCAGAUUUCAGGAAAGGUACUUGUGGCGGAGUCUUGCGGGGUGAUGGGAGUCCUGCGUUGAAGGAAGUGGUUGAAAUUAUUGAUCUUGAUGAUGACAGCACCGGGACAGGAUGUUUGAGUGGAAAUGAUCUGCCUUCUCGAAAGCUUACGAGUGAAGAACAUCUUGGCGACAACAAUCAAGAGAAGAGGAAGAGCGAGCUUAAGAGAAAGGGAAGAGAGAGCUUAAGAGAGAGAGAUUCAAGUAUGGAUAAUAUCAAGCUCGAAACUGAGACAGCCUCAGCUUCUGCUAAGCCAAACAAUGAGAGUUCAUCCCUAGGUCAGCAUAAAAAAAGAAGAAAUGAUCCAAAGUAAAUGGAUCACGGAAGUAGGCAGGCUAUAGACUUGCUUCCAGAGUUCUGCAAGAAAUGAUGUGCUAACUUUUUUACACAUUGUAAAGUUCUAGCCCAAAGUCAGUGGAGAGUGGGGGUAUUCAAGGACGUUUGAGAGUGCCUCCAUUCAGUAAGGUAUCAAGACUAUAGCAUUCAUGAGCAUUAUUGUCGCUAUUUGACGUUGUUUUCUCUGUUUGUUCAUCCAUAUGAAAAAUAUUCUCCGAAUUUACCCCGAAACAUGUAGAGUCUUCAUUGCACAAUUCGAUAGCUUGUUCCUGGAUGGAGAUACAGUUUCCAUCAUUGUCAAUGAGAAAUUAGCCGCUGCGGGG